AUCUGGGAUCGUUUUUAGUUUAUUUCUGCACUGUGUGAGACUCCUGAUCAUUAAGGAUCAUUAGGGAUUUCCCAGGAGGAACGUCAGAAGCAAGUAUCGGACUCGUCAUUUGAAGCAACAGAGAGAAAUGGCGAAUUUCCGUGGAUUUUAUAUACCUUCUUUUGGUGCAACGGUCAACGUCGCUUGGGAGACUUUGAAGGCCAUAUGGCCAGAGAACAGUCCGUGCAUGGAGUUAAUUCGUGGCAGCGGCGCCGGCGGCACAAGUCAGGACCAUUCUCAAUGCCGAUCUGGUCAGAGUCAAUUCAAAUCCUUCAAUGAAGGUCAUGAUAACACUGAGAUGAUGACCAUGAACGGGGAUCAGGCAUAUCGAGAUCAAAACAACGUGGGAAUCGCCGAGGACUCCUUCAGUUAUCAGAGAAAUGGGGACAAAAUUAGAACUGGAAGCAUGAGUAGCGGAGAAUUUAGCGAGUACGACGAGGGUGGUGGAGAGUUCGGAGUGGGUGUCAAGAUUAACGAAUGGCAAGCUGCUUGGAAUGUUACAAAUGCCAUUCAGGGAAUGUUCAUCGUUUCUUUGCCGUUUGCCGUCUUACGUGGUGGUUAUUGGGCGAUCGCCGCAAUGAUCGGCAUCGCACACAUCUGCUGCUACACCGGCAAGAUCCUAGUCGAGUGCCUCUACGAGCUAGACACAGUGACAGGUCAACGUGUACGUGUACGAGAUUCGUAUGUAGCCAUCGCCAAGGAGUGUUUCGGGCCGACGUGGGGCGCCCGUGCCGUCAAUAUUGCGCAGAUAAUUGAGCUGUUGAUGACCUGCAUUCUGUACGUGGUCGUAUGCGGUGAUCUGAUGAUUGGUACUUUCCCCGAGGGCGCCAUCGACACCCGCAGCUGGAUGAUGCUAAUCGGCAUAUUCCUGCUGCCACUUGGCUUCCUCAAGUCCUUGCAGCAUGUUUCCGUGUUGAGUUUCUGGUGCACAAUGUCUCAUCUCUUCAUCAACGCGAUCAUCAUCGGUUACUGUAUCUUGGAGAUUGGUGACUGGGGCUGGUCGAAGGUGAAGUGGACGAUUGACAUGGAAAAUUUCCCGAUCUCACUUGGUGUGAUCGUCUUCAGCUAUACAUCGCAGAUCUUUUUGCCGACCCUCGAAGGCAAUCUCAUCGAUCGCUCUAAGUUUGACUGGAUGCUAAAUUGGAGCCACAUUGCUGCGGCAGCGUUCAAGUCGCUCUUCGGCUGGAUCUGCUUCUUAACGUUCCAGAACGAUACACAGCAGGUGAUCACAAAUAACUUGCACUCAGCUGGCUUCAAGGGCCUGGUGAACUUGUGUCUAGUCGUCAAAGCGGUGCUGUCGUAUCCGUUGCCAUAUUACGCGGCUUGCGAGCUCCUCGAGCGCGCCUUCUUUCGCGGUCGACCGAAAACAAUCUUCCCAACCAUCUGGACAGUGGAUCGGGAACUCAAAGUCUGGGGUCUGGCUUGGAAGAUCGGCGUUAUCGUGUUCACCAUUUUAAUGGCAAUCUUCAUACCGCACUUCAGCAUAUUGAUGGGUUUCAUCGGUUCUUUUACCGGGACCAUGCUUUCGUUUAUCUGGCCCUGCUAUUUCCAUUUGAAGUUGAAGAGAAACUCAAUGGAGUGGAGCGCCGUCGCUUACGAUUGCUUCGUCAUUUUCCUUGGUGUUCUCUUCGGCGUUAUUGGCGUUUACGAUUCCGGCUCCGCACUGAUCAAUGCCUUCGAGAUUGGCCUGCCCUUCUGA